UGUCACUGGCGAAACAAAGACACACGCACUACAACCCGAUAGGCAAUCUGCUCUCCAGCAACAGCUGCAGCAGCAGCGCUGAAGCGAAUGGAUGUUUGACUGAUUGGUAUCUCUCGCUGCCAGUUUCGCCCGGCCAGAGUGGUGGCUCAAGAGACACGGCGGUGUUUAUAGUUCUGAGCCAGGCGUGGGGCAAUGUUUAACUCGUGUUUACUGCGCACAUGACCGACGGCUGAUGGUGAGAGGGGAGUGGGGGUCGGGCUCACGGUACAACGAGUGGGUGGGCGAGCGAGUGAGCUCAGCCAGGGCUUGAGGACUGGCUCAAGGUAGACGCGUCUGGUUCCGUGGCAGGUAUAUUAGGCAAGUCCGCAGAGGUUGAAGAUCGCCUAACCGCACACGACCCCCCUCCUCCCCUUUUUUUUCCUUCUUGUCGACGUCUCGUGGCCCAGUCCAGUUCAUUCUCACCGCCACAUUUCCUUUCUAACCCCUUCAUAGCGUCGGCGCGUCGCUGUUGUAGAGGUAUCGUCGGCGCGCCGUUGGUCGUCAUCAUCUUGACCGUCGUCUUCAUCAUCGCCGUCAUCGUCAGCAACGUGGUCGUCACUUCACCAUGCCGGGCAAGCACGAGGCGAGGCUCGCGGGGAAUGGAGCCGCCGCUGCGGCCAGGGAGCACGUGCAGGCCGUGACGAGGAAUUACAUCUCACAGCCCAGACUGACGUACAAGACGGUGUCAGGAGUCAACGGCCCUCUGGUGAUUCUGGACCAAGUGAAGUUUCCCAAAUAUGCGGAGAUCGUCCAUCUGACGCUUCCGGAUGGCGUGAAGCGCAGUGGCCAGGUGCUGGAGGUGAGCGGCUCCAAGGCCGUCGUCCAGGUAUUUGAAGGCACGUCCGGGAUCGAUGCCAGGAAAACCACCUGCGAGUUCACCGGGGACAUCCUCCGGACGCCCGUCUCUGAGGACAUGCUAGGUCGAGUGUUUAAUGGCUCGGGAAAGCCCAUCGACAAAGGCCCUCCGGUGCUCGCAGAGGAUUAUUUGGACAUCAUGGGCCAGCCCAUAAACCCCCAGUCCCGCAUUUACCCCGAGGAGAUGAUCCAGACGGGUAUCUCGGCCAUCGACACCAUGAACAGCAUCGCCCGCGGGCAGAAGAUCCCCAUCUUCUCCGCGGCCGGCCUGCCCCACAACGAGAUCGCGGCUCAGAUCUGCCGCCAGGGCGGUCUCGUCAAGCAAGGCAAGGACACGAUGGACUACAGCGAUGACAACUUUGCGAUCGUCUUCGCUGCCAUGGGCGUGAACAUGGAGACUGCGAGGUUCUUCAAGUCGGACUUUGAAGAGAACGGCUCCAUGGACAACGUGUGCCUGUUCCUCAACCUGGCCAACGACCCCACGAUUGAGCGCAUCAUCACGCCGCGCCUGGCGCUCACCACGGCCGAGUUCCUCGCGUACCAGUGCGAGAAGCAUGUGCUCGUCAUCCUCACCGACAUGAGCAGCUACGCCGAGGCGCUGCGCGAGGUGUCGGCGGCUCGCGAGGAGGUCCCGGGUCGCCGUGGCUUCCCCGGUUACAUGUACACUGACCUGGCGACCAUCUACGAGCGUGCGGGCCGCGUGGAGGGCAGGAACGGCUCCAUCACUCAGAUCCCCAUCCUCACCAUGCCCAACGACGACAUCACCCAUCCCAUCCCGGACUUGACUGGGUACAUCACGGAGGGGCAGAUCUAUGUUGACAGACAGCUACACAACAGACAGAUCUACCCUCCCAUCAACGUGCUGCCCUCACUGUCUCGUCUCAUGAAGUCGGCCAUUGGGGAGGGGAUGACCAGGAAAGAUCACUCGGAUGUCUCAAACCAGCUGUAUGCAUGUUACGCCAUCGGCAAGGACGUCCAGGCCAUGAAGGCCGUCGUGGGGGAGGAGGCGCUCACUCCCGAUGACCUCCUCUACCUCGAGUUCUUGCAGAAGUUCGAGAAGACCUUCAUCGCCCAGGGCGCGUACGAGAACCGCACCAUCUUCGAGUCGCUGGACAUCGGCUGGCAGCUGCUGCGCAUCUUCCCCAAGGAGAUGCUCAAGCGCAUCCCGCAGAGCACCAUCGCCGAGUUCUACCCGCGCGAGGCCAACGCCGCCAAGCUGUGACGCGUGCCAGCGGGUCCCAACGCCACCUCUGUCGUCACCGCAGCCUCUGCCAAUGUUGCGUGAUGGAACGGAGGGGGGGGGGGGUCGGACUGGGAAUUGAUGGACAGGGAGAGGGGGGGGGGCACACGAGUAAGUGAGGGAGUGAGGGAGUGGGGUGAGGCGCACGGGUGAGUGAGUGAGUGAGUGGGGUAAGGCAUCUGUCUGCCCGUUUUGCCAGAGUGCCCUCCUUCGCCCCCCCCCACCACCCCCCCCCCCCAGGCACCCUCUUAAGCCGGUUGUCACGUCCCCCGGAUUAGCGUCGGGGUCAGACACACUCGCUUCGACGCAAAUGUUGCCGUGACCCUGCGCUUACUCCGACCUCACUCUCAACCCUAUUACAUACAUACAUACAAACAAACGUGUGUGCGCACAUAUGCGUGCGUGUGUGCAUGCGCACGUGCUUGCGCCUGUGCAUGCUCGCGUGCGUGCAUGUCUGCGUGCGUGUGUGCAUGUGUGUGUGCGUGUGUGUGUGUGUGCUCACCACUACCCGCCUCGCCCCCCCCGUGCAUGUUCCAACGGAUGGCGUUUUCAUUUCGAGUAGCGUAACGUCGUGUGGCUGUUUGCUCCGUGUGUGUAGCGACUCUCCGUGUGCCUGGACGGCGCUGCGGGCGAUGACGGUGUGCUGUGUGACAGCUGGGAAGCCUGCCCAUAUAUUUGUGUUCUUAAUAUAAUUUUUAUAUGCAGUGCAUGCAUAUGAGGGGUGGUGAAUAAAAGGUUUAGGGGAUGAAAGAGAGUCACGGCAAAUAAAAAAAGGGCACGGCUUCGACGAGGCUUAUAUAUUAUUCCCAUUAAUUCUUCAAAUUAUUUAAGUCAACAGAAAUUGUUAAAAGACGGUACUUUUGCAUCGAUGUUUUUGUCACCAAUUGCAAAAAAAAAUUGUAAAACUGCUUCUCACUCGCGUCGUGCAUUUGUUUCUUUCCACGUGACAUUGCCUCUGGAUCAUGGCUGACAAUGGUGAUGGUCAGGUGUAACACGAAGUGCCAAUGUUACGUGUUUCGGAAUGGAGAAGUUGGGUCAUGUUAGGAGGGUUGUAUGCAUUGUUCCUGCGAUUACUUUUAAUGUCCCCUGUUCUAUCAUAUUUUGAUUCGCAUCCUGCACGUAUGGAACAUAUACAAAUAUACGCAUUAAUGUCCUCUGUUGAUGAAACAAUAUAUACGAGAAGACAAAUAUUCUACAAACAUUUCAGGCGAUUGCUUUUCGAGUCAACGUGAGUGAGAGGUGCAUUCGUGAAUCGUGCUGGACCCUGGCGAUAGCCUACAUCACCUCCAGCAACAGCAACUCCCCAACAUAAAAAAAAUCUAUGCAGCCUCUAAAUGUGACGUAAACAGACCCGUGCACAGACCAGCAACAACUCUUCAGCAUUUCGUUUGCCAACGAUGCGAGGCCAACGUAGAAGUGUCAAGCUCCCCUUUUCAAUGAAUUGCGAUCGGCAAGAAUAACUGUAAGUUCCGUCCUAUGGCAGUGCGUUAUUCUCUCCCAUUGUGCUUCGAGGCACAGUUCAACAUGUGGGUGCGGUUUCACAAUGUACACAGUUCAAACGUAUGCGGAUGUCUCUUCAUAUGUUGCCCUGCAUGCCAUCCGGCAUCAGCGGCAAUAGCGGUGAUUUAGAGUUCGAAUAUACUUAAAUAAAAACAGCAAGACCGUUUAUGCACGAGUGCUUUA